GAGGCGGGCGCUUGGCCGGGCUGCGGCGCCGCGAUGAGUGGACCCCGGGGGGCGCCGGGGGCAGCGGGCGAGGGCGCGGUCCGGGGGCUGCGAGUGGACGGGCUGCCCCCGCUGCCCAAGAGCCUGAGCGGACUGCUGCACUCUGCGUCAGGCGGCGGCGCGUCGGGGGGCUGGCGGCACCUGGAGAGGCUGUACGCACAGAAGUCGCGCAUCCAGGACGAGUUGAGCCGCGGGGGCGCCGGAGGCGGUGGGGGCCGGGCGGCGGCGCUGCCCGCCAAGCCCCCCAACCUGGACGCCGCGCUGGCUCUGCUCCGCAAAGAGAUGGUCGGCCUCCGCCAGCUGGACAUGUCCUUGCUCUGCCAACUGUAUAGCCUCUACGAGUCAAUUCAGGAGUACAAGGGCGCGUGCCAGGCCGCCUCUAGCCCAGACUGCACUUACGCCCUGGAAAAUGGCUUCUUCGAUGAUGAGGAGGAAUAUUUCCAGGAGCAGAGCCACCUCCACAACGGGAGGGACCCUCCUCAGGACUUGUCCCUCUCCAGCAGUGACUGGAUUCUGGAGUCCAUCUAGGGGGCCUCGGGAGGUAUGCCAUUGUUGGGCAGGCCCUUCCUACUGAACUCACUGUCAGCCUUUGCUUUUCCUCUGGUAGGAAAGCUCCUCUGCUCCUGUGUCACGGACGGUCCUCAGGCACGCAGCACGAACACUGCCAGUUUAAUUUGUAGGCAGUGUGCUCUCUGUGGACAAAUGGUGGCAGUUGGCUUUGAUGGCUAGGUCCCUGCUUAGGUGACGGGAAUAUCCUUGACCCUCUUAUAUUGAGACACGUGCUGUGGAUUCAUUUUGAAAUACAACACGAGGACCUCUGUGAAAGACCUUAGUGGGUGUCUUGGGCAAGGCGACUUGCAGCAAGUUGCCUCCUUACAGAUGGUAGAUUGUUCAUACCUCUCUGGGGUUCCUGUUUCCAGUUUGUGCUAUAUUAAAACCAGCAUUGCAUUGCUGUUCUUCCUUAAGAUGGUCUAUUACACAGCUUUUCUUGCUGUGUAAUGAGCUUUAAAUUUUAAGUUUCUUGGUUUAGCUCUAUUUAUUUGUAAGCUGCAUUAUUAACUGUCCCGGCGGCAUGGUGAAAACUUUUUACUGGAAAAGUCAACAUUUCUGGUCUCACCAAUCAACUUCUUUCUCGCAACCUACCAGACAUUUCUGUCAUUCUUUGUCCGUCAGGUGUGGGAAGAAGGAAGAUAAUGUGAACGUAUGUUGAGCAGAAAAAAAAACCUGGGGCAAGUUGCGUUUUGUGUCACUCACUGUAAGAUAAGAUGGUAAAUGUUUUGUUUUUAGAUUCUGAAUGUAUAUUAGAAAGCAAACCACCAUCCACUCACGGCACUGAUUACCUUAAGUCUCAAUAUAUUUAUUAAAAUACUUCAUGAGAACCUUA